AUGGCUUUCCUCUUUAGUCGUGGUCGUUCUCGCCAGCCCUCUGAUCUGGUUAGAUCGAUAAAAGAUCUGUUGCCGAGAUUACCUGAGAAUUUGCCCGAUCCGUCAGUGCCCAACAAGGUUGCAGAUGACUUAUCGAGGCAGCUUUCCCAGGUGAAAUUGAUCGUUCAAGGAACCCAAGAGAUCGAAGUUUCGCCCGAGCAGGUGCAUGCGCUCGUCCAGGCAACACUACAAGAAGACUUACUUUUCGAGCUUUCCCGAUACCUUCAUCGCCUUCCAUUCGAAGCCCGAAAAGACACGCAGACCAUAUUCUCGCAUGUACUCCGUUUCAAACCCGCCCAUGGGAACCAUGCCGACCCUCCCGUUAUCUCCUAUAUCGUCCACAAUCGCCCUGAAAUUAUCAUCGAGCUAUGCAAGGGCUACGAAUACAGUCCCAGUGCCAUGCCGUGCGGCACGAUUCUGAGGGAAGCGCUGAAGUUCGAUGUGAUUGCCGCCAUCAUCCUCUAUGACCAGUCUCAAGAGGGCGACCCCGCCAUCCGGCUCACGGAAGUACAGCCGGGCAUCCCCCAAGGAGGAACGGGCAUCUUUUGGAGGUUCUUCACAUGGAUUGAUAGGGGAAGCUUUGAGCUGAGCGCUGAUGCUUUUACGACUUUCCGGGAGAUCCUGACCCGUCACAAGUCGCUCGUAACGGGAUAUCUUGCAACAAACUUCGACCGAUUCUUUGGCAUGUUCAACUCGACGCUGGUGCAGUCGGACUCGUAUGUCACCAAGCGUCAAAGCAUCAAGCUACUAGGGGAGAUCCUGCUGGACCGAGCCAACUACAACGUGAUGAUGGCGUAUGUGGAGAGCGGAGAGAACCUCAAACUCUGCAUGAAGCUCCUGCGAGAUGAUCGCAAGAUGGUCCAGUACGAGGGAUUUCACGUGUUCAAGGUGUUUGUGGCCAAUCCCAACAAAUCGGUGGCGGUGCAGCGGAUUUUGAUCAACAACCGGGACCGCCUGCUGAAGUUCUUGCCCAAAUUCCUCGAGGACCGCACGGACGAUGACCAAUUCACCGACGAGAAGAGUUUCCUGGUGCGUCAGAUCGAGCUGUUGCCGAAAGAACCCAUCGAACCGGUACGUUCGGCCCGUGAGCCAUCUCGACCGGCGGCGGCUGUGUCUUGA